CACACUGAAGAAAUGUUUUAUAAUUUUGUAUAUUUUGCUCCAAAAGUUCGCAUUUAACAAUGAAGGGCAUGAUCAUAGUGCCCAUGGACCUGGAGCCCGGGUUUCGGAAGGCGGACCUGCACACUAUACCAGUGGUCAACAGCGCAAUGGUGUUUAACUUUUGCUCAGCCGCCGCUGCUACCGAGCAAUGCAAACAAAUAGCAACGGAUAGAGGUGAACUGCUAACGGACUACGUCCAGAUGCAUCGGCGUGGUGAAAUCUGUGAACUCAAGGCACUGGUGUUCCCCGCCGCUGACUUCGCCAACACGGACACCCAUGCCAAUGUGGGCCUGAAGGUCGUGGAAAGUUCGCGGAUUAUCACAGAUGGCCAGUGCAGUCUGUGUCCCGCCGCUGAAGCCUGUGCACACAUCGUGGCCUUCACGUUUUGGCUGCUCAACAAGAGCACCGAUCGCACUCCCUCGGCUGUUGUCGAGUUCUGGGGCCACGAACUGGAGACUCUGGUGCAACCAGAGCCUGUGCUAGCCACUCGUAUUUGCGAUAUCAUGCCCAAAGACGAGGUGCGCUUGGAGUGCGAACAGAACCUGCAGGAAAUGAGCGCUAGCGAGGGACAAGCCUUUCUGGACGCUGUUCUGGACGAACUAUCCGCGUGCGGACGGGACUCGGCUCUGUAUCGCCAAUGCGUGGACAUUAGCGACGAGUUCGAACCCCUGUUCGUACAUCAUGUGCUGCUCCGAGCGGCCGAAUACAACAUUCUGGAUGUACCCAGCUUUGUGCACUACAUGGAGCUGCAGGCACAGACGGGAAUCUUCGAAAGCCUCAACGAGGUGACCCGCAACCAGUACAAGUCUAAACUGUGGAUUGAGGCGCAGUACAUGCGAAUCCGCUGCUCUAUGAUGCACAUGAUUGUGAAUCGCAGGUCGGCCGAGGAAGACGAGCAGAUCUUCAAUAUGAUGUUCUGCAAGGGUCGCGACCGGAACACCGAUGAUCGGGUGCAACAGAAGCAGCACAAGCGCUUUAUUCUGAAGCAGACGGAGAAGCUGGAGAACAAGCAGUACAUCGAGUGCGGCCUGCUACUCGACGAAAGCUAUCCCUUCUUGUGUGCCGCUCCGGACGGCAUAACGGACGAUCACAUCGUCGAAAUCAAAUCGCCAAAGACUGAGGAGGACUUUGAGAAGUACCUGGAGGCUCGUGAAUCAAUAGCCCCGAAAUACAUGGCCCAGAUCCAGAUUCAGAUGUUCAUGGCCAACGUUAAGAAGGCGCUCUACUGUGUGCUCAGUCCGACGUUCGAGACAAGCGGAGCUCUGCACUACGUUUGGGUACAGUCGGAUCCGGAGUUCGUGUCCAGCCUGCUCACCAUGGCCGAGGAUUUCUGGCGGGAUGCUGUAUUCCCGCGCCUUGCGAAUAUCUACCCCCAGGUGGGGUGACGACACAUUGACUAGUCAAUAAAUCUAAAUACUCGACUUA